AUGGGCGGCGAGUCACGGUACGAGAUCCACCAAAACGCGUAUAUAAAGCUGGUCCUCCACGCGCUAAAGCACAGGACCUCCGCCGUCGACGCCGCUCUCAUCGGACGCUCUUCUUCCGCUGGGGAAUCUGUCGAGAUUGUCGACUCCGUCCCUCUAUUCCACUCCCAGAUCGGUCUCCUCCCUCCCCUCGAAAUCUCCCUCAUGAUGAUAGAGGAGUAUUAUGGAGAAAAAGGAUUGAGUAUCGUUGGUUAUUUUCAUGCUAACGAGAGAAGCGAUGAUUUGGAGUUGGCUAGUGUUGCCAAAAAUAUUGGUGAUCAUAUAACCCGAUAUUUUCCUCAGGCUGCAUUGCUUUUGUUAGAUAAUAAAAGGCUCGAGGGUUUGCCGAAGGGAAAGGACCGAAGUCCAGUUAUGCAGCUUUACAUGAAGGAUGCAUCUAGGAGUUGGAAGCUAGUAGGAUCAGAUGGAAGCAACAAGCUAGCUAUCAAGGAGCCAUCAGCUAAUAUAGUCCUUUUGGAUUACAUUUCUUCUGAGAAAUGGAAGGAUAUUAUAGAUUUUGACGACCACCUAGAUGACAUCAGCAAGGACUGGCUGAACUCGGAACUUUUCCAUGAUUUCUUCGACUCAGCUUCUUCAUCACCAAACUUGGAAGGAAUUCUUUGGACAGUAAUGGCAGCUCCCAAAAAUAAAACGAAAACAAAAUCACAAAAUCCCCAUCCUAGAAAGAAGCAAAAGAAAGUACCUUUAGCAAAAGAACCAGAAAGAGAAGACCUCCUUAGUGAUUCUGAUGGAAUGGAUGAAGUAAAAGAACAGGAAGAAUCUAAUGAAGAACAGGAAUUCAAUUCGGACUUGGAUAUGUCUUCAGAUGGGGAUGAUCCUUUUGCUGAUGAUAUUCUUAAAGGAAGUGAUGAUGAAGAGGAGGCUUCAGAUGUAGAUUCAGAUUCAGAUUCUGAUGCAUCUGAUAUUGAGACAAAAGCUAGAGCAAUUGAUGAGGAAAAGGCUAGGGUAGAAGAAGAAGCUGAAGCUGAAUUGCAGCUCAAUAUUAAAGAAGAGGCGGAUGAGUUCCGAUUGCCAACCGAGGAGGAGCUUAAAGAAGAAACACACAGACCCCCAGAUCUUUCGAAUCUCCAAAGAAGGAUAAAAGAGAUUGCUCGAGUCCUUUCAAAUUUUAAGUCUUUGAGGCAAGAUGGAGCAACACGGAAGGAUUAUGUUGAUCAACUUAAAUUGGAUUUAAGUUCAUACUAUGGAUACAAUGAGUUUCUAAUUGAAGCUUUGGUCGAGAUGUUUCCAAUUGUUGAACUUAUGGAACUCAUUGAAGCUUUUGAGAAGCCUCGUCCAAUAUGUCUUAGAACAAACACUUUGAAGUCUCGCAGGAGGGACUUGGCUGGCGUGCUUUUGAACAGAGGAGUCAACCUUGAUCCAUUAAGCAAGUGGUCAAAGGUUGGCUUGGUCGUUUAUGAUUCACAAGUGCCAAUUGGGGCCACUCCGGAGUAUAUGGCUGGGUAUUAUAUGCUUCAAAGUGCAAGCUCUUUUUUGCCUGUAAUGGCCCUUGCUCCUCAGGAGAAAGAAAGAAUUGUAGAUGUGGCGGCUGCUCCUGGUGGUAAAACAACUUAUAUUGCUGCACUAAUGAAAAACAGUGGUAUCAUUUAUGCAAAUGAGAUGAAGGAGUCAAGGCUCAAAUCCCUUAAUGCAAAUUUACAUCGCAUGGGGGUAACAAACACCAUUGUUUGCAACUAUGAUGGGAGGGAGCUGCCGAAAGUUUUAGGCAACAACACUGUUGAUAGGGUUCUACUGGAUGCUCCUUGCAGUGGCACUGGGGUCAUAUCUAAGGAUGAGUCUGUGAAAACCUCAAAAAGUGCUUUAGAUAUACAAAAUUGUGCUCAUCUGCAGAAGCAAUUAAUACUUGCAGCAAUAGACAUGGUGGACGCCAAUUCAAAAUCAGGGGGAUACAUUGUUUACUCCACAUGCUCCAUAAUGGUUGCUGAGAACGAGGCUGUUAUAGACUAUGCACUCAAGAAGAGGGAUGUAAAACUUGUGCCUUGUGGACUUGAUUUUGGGCGUCCAGGAUUUGUUCGCUUCAGGGAACAUCGGUUCCAUACUUCAUUAGAAAAGACCCGACGUUUCUACCCCCAUGUUCACAACAUGGAUGGAUUCUUCGUGGCGAAGUUGAAGAAAAUGAGCAAUUCCAAAGCGACUCCAAAUCCCUCUGAACCUUCAGAAGUGGUGGAGCAAGGACCUGAUUUGAUGGAGAGCAAUGACCAAAACAAUGGUGAAGGAGAUAUCCACCAACACUCGAAGAAAAAGGAGGUUGCCAAAGAGCAUAGGAGGUUGAGCAUUGGUUCUACUAAGGGCGAGAAAGGAGAAAAUCCACAAGUCACAGAAAAGAAGAUGAAAAGGAAACGCCCUUCGAGAGAGGAAAUUGCAAGAAUCAGAGAAGAGAAGAGAAAUGUUUUAAGGUUGGCGAAGAGAAAAGGUAAGAGGAAUGGUGGAACUUUGCCAAUCUCGGACCGGGUUUCGACUCUCUGGGCUGCGCUCGGAGAUUUUGUUACUCUUCGGGUAGACCCGAGUGUCCACCCUGAUGAGGUAUCCAUUUCUGAUAUAUCUGGUGCCGGUUCCAAGCUUAGCAAGAACCCACUUUGGAACUGUGCGGGUAUUGCAGUCAUUGCUGUUAUGAAGAUGCUUAAUGUUCGAUCUGUUGGGCUAUCGCUUUCCCUUGAGAAAUGCCUUCCCCUGGGCAGUGGCCUCGACUCUAGCGCUGCCAGUGCUGAUGCCGCUGUUGUUGCUGUAAGUGAAUUGUUUGGUGGGAAGUUACCUGUGUCCGAGCUUGUCCUUGCCGAGCUUGAAUAG